AUGACGACCAGAAGAAAUGUCGGCGAAGGCAAGUCCUCUCUGGAGUACGAUGGAAAGAUUGCACCAGGGCCAUCAAACAUUUCACCAGCGGUGCCGACGUCCGUUAUUUGGAAGUUGAUGAGCUUCACCUUUGCCAUGAUCACUUUGCCCAUUGGUACCUACUUCUUUACCGUCAAUUUUGUCUUUCAGGGUAACGCAACGUACGCCGGUGGUCUUGCAGCACUCAUGGCGAAUGUUGUAUUGAUUGCAUACGUUGUUAUGGCGUUCAAGGAUGACCAAGAGGAAAUGCGAGAAGAGGCAGAGAAGUCGAAGAAGACAAUCUAG